AUGGUAUUUGCUGAGUUUUAUAUUGAUUGGGCAGAUACUUGUAAUUAUGUACUAUUUUAUUUAUAUUCAUUGAAAGACUAAGGAAAUUUGGGCUAAUCAUUCAUGCAAAUAUACAACAAAUGGAUUGAAAUUUAUUUAAUUAACUUAGCCAAAAUACCAAGAUUGGCUGAAUGUUAUAGGAUUAAUACAAGAGCAAUGUCUAGGUAAUUGCCUAGUGUAAUUCUGUUCGAAGACGGAGAGGAAGCACAAAGAUUUCCUCUUAUUGAUGAAAAACCUAAUAAAAUACCAAAAGUAUUGAAAUAUGGAUAGAAAGAAUUGCAAAGUUACUUUGAUUUAGAGAAAGGAUAUCUUGCCACAAGAGAUUUAUGA